UGUGAACUUAAGUGCAAUUAUCUACCAAAACAACAAGUUGUUCCGUUCCCCGACUCUUCGCGCUACUGAAAUCCCUGGUGAAUUCCGGCGUUCCGUUGGCAGUCACAUCAUUUCUGUGACAGUGGAAGGAGUCCAGAUGAAGCAUUUACCAUCUUCCGUCACGACUGAAUUCUACCCAAUUGAUAGCGACAGUAAAAGUGAGAGAGUGGAUGCGUAUGAAUGCAGGUCAAAGUGCGUCUACUGGGAUUUCACCCUCAAUAAUGGCUUUGGUGACUGGUCCAACAAGGGAUGUAGACGGCAGUUUGAUCAUGAGAAAAAAAUCGUUUGUGUAUGUGAUCAUCUGACCAGCUUUGCUGUACUUGUGGAUAUUUAUGGGAGAAGCAGCGUUGCCCUUGACGUCAUCAGUAAACUCAUAUGCACUUUGUCUACACUGGCUAUUGUUGGUACCUUGAUAACCCAUCUCGCCUUCAGGAGGUUCCGUAGCAGACAACCACAUCGGAUCCUGAUCAACCUCUGCUUUGCCCUGCUUGGAUUGUACGUCAUUUUCUUGACAGGUAUUGAAGCUCCUCCUUGUGGGACAUGGUGUAGCAUUGUAGCUGUCCUCAUGCAUUACUUCACUCUUGCUGCCAUUUUGUGGAUGGCCGUGGAGGCUAUCAACCUAUACCUCCUGCUGGUUAGGUUGAUGACCGGCAACGUUACCCACUUCAUGAAGAAAGCGUGUACUGCAGCCUGGGGAUUUCCAUUGGUUAUUGUGAUCCUUGUUCUUGCUGUAGACCACACACAAUAUUCGGACAACAAACACUGCUUCUUGAAACCUGGUAAUGCCUUCUACUUCGGUCUGCUCCUCCCAAUUGGACUGAUCCUUCUGUUAAACUUCGUCAUCUUUGUUGCUGUCAUGCGCCAGCUAAAGCGUAACGCCAAUAAAAUGGCCAGCCAAAACAGGCGCCAGACCACCGUGCAACGCCUGCGGAAUGCUGUGGGCAUCUCAGUGCUGCUUGGUUUGACCUGGAUCUUCGGACUCCUGGCUAUUGUCCAAACAUCCACCUUCGUUUUCCAGGUGCUCUUCGCUGUCUUCAACUCUGCACAGGGUUUGCUGAUCUUCGUCUUGUUCUGUGUCAGGCAGGCGGAGGUUCGCCAAGAGUGGCGACGUGUCAUUCAGCCCGUGCUGCGCCGUCUGGGUUUAAGGUGGAAUAUCUUUGCCGGAAGUCAGUCUGAACCCAAUGAUAUCCCUCUCUCGCGACAGAGUACCAGUGGUACCCUUACUACUAGGGUUUCCCUUGGCCUUUCUUCUUUAGAAGUGGAUUCUGAGGAAGGGGAAGAGCUGAAAAUAAAGUAAAUGACAUUAUGAACUUACUUUGACUAAAAGAAUUGUUCAUGAACUACACAAUUACAUUUUUACAAAGACAAACAUCACAGUAAUCAGUGUUUAUGCUGCAGGGGAUCUUUUCUUUCUACGGUUGGCAGUCGUCAUAGAACGUGGUGUAAUUAGGAUUUGCUGUAUUUGAUGUAUCUAUUGUUACAUUUACAGGUGGAAAACAAAUCCAAAACAAGUACAAAAAAUAAAAAGGAAACAAAAGGUGUAUUAACACGAUUUGUCCAAUUUUCAAGAAAUAGUAUUCUAUGUGUUUUAGUGUUUCAUUCGUAUUAGAAAUGAAAAAAGGUUGUGCAACAAAUUGUUGAGGCUAAAAAACAAACAAAUAAAGUUUGCCAAUGCUCUUUCAUGCUGAGGGCCUAAAUGACAUGCGCAGUGUUUAUCUGUUUUUGGAUGUAAAAGAUAACGGUUAUAUCCCAAAUAAACUGAUAAAUUUUGUAGGCCUAUAUUUUCUUAUUCAAGUAGUUCUGUAGAAUCUGUUUCAUUGAUUACAAUAAUGAUAACUAAUUUACAUGUAGUAUUUUCUUUAAAUGACAUUAUUUGUAAUUGGCCAUAUUCUUAAAAAUGCUUGUUUAUUUCAAUUAAACUAGUGCCAUAAAUACGUAAGGGCUGAAUGGAAAAGGGCAAGGCGAGGGAAAAGGGGGACACUGAUCUGUUCGUUUCGAAUUUUGGCAAAACAUUUGCGUUGAUUUAUGACUCAAUCUGCCCCAUACAUAUGUCCUAAAUAUCAACCUGUGUGAAUUUUGGCUAACUUUCUGUGUUUCAAUAGUUUGAUCUUCAGAAAACUGAAGUGAAAACUUUAUCAAAUAUCGACUUGUCCUAAUGCAAAUUAUUAUAUUUUCAACGCUGAGCGCCUAAGUUUUUUUUUUUCCUUGAAGUGGAGCUAUACGGCUCCAUUUAUUACCUCUUGUCAAAAAACACAAGUACCCCCAGUAUACACAACAAUCUAGUAUCGGUUUUUUUAUUUGUUGAGCCACUGUUGGUAACGUCCAUUGACUCCCACAGGUCGCAAGCACAG